AUGGAAGAUCCACUGUUUGGUGGUACACCAUUUCGCGAUGCUCAUACGGAUUCCGGCUUGGCCGCGUCGCCGGAUGCACGUUCCUACUAUGCCCUACUGAACGUCGACCAAGACGCAACAGAAAGCCAGAUUCGUGAUGCCUACAAAACCCUUGCCAUGGCGUUUCAUCCGGACAAACACCCCGGCGACGACCGUAAGGAACUCGCUGAAAAGAUGUUCCAGGAUAUCCAGGAGGCAUAUCAAGUACUCAUUGAUCCCGAAAAGCGUGCUAUAUAUGACCACUUUGGGGAAGAGGGACUCCGCUCAACCUGGACAGUGGCGAUGCGUGGAAGCUCACCGGAGGAGAUGCGCGCUGAAUUCGAACGACAAUCUCGCCUGCAGCAGGCAGCCGAUGCAGAGGCCCUGGUGAAUUCGCGCGGCGAAUUUAGCGCAUUGAUCAACGCAACGUCUUUGUUUUUGCCGUCGCCACGCACUGUGUCUCCUUUGACACCGCGGCUCCAGCCUAAUCUGACAUGGAGUCAACGUCUAGGUCUCAUUUCCUGUGCCCAAGUAGUGGGCAAGCACGGUUUCGACAUGGCCCUCUCCGAGCAGUCCGUGCUCUCUUUAUCAGGCCAGCUGAUGAGCCGCGGAAAUGCAGGCGGUGGGAAUCUAGUUGGAACGCUCAAAACCCAUUGGAGCCCUCGCUUUUUCUCGGAGCUCAGCGCCUCGAUUUUGCGGCCACAGGUACUGACGGCACGGGGACAGUACACUGUCGAUGAGAACAUGUUCUUCAAUUACGCACUGGUUUCUCAGACACUGGCUGCGCCCCCCUCCGUGACACUCACAUGGGGCCAGCGACUCUCUAGCACGUCGUCCCUAACGGGCUUCACGUCGCUGAAAACGGGGUCUUACUCUAUCGGCGGAUGGGGUGCUGAUGCAAACGGUCAGCCUGUGCAUCAGGACACGGGUGCUAUGGUCGUCGGCGCUACAAAGCAACAUCCAGACGGCACAGCCUGGACGCUUCAGAUGACGCUCUCGGACGUUGACCAGUCGAUUGGGUAUGAAUGGACCAUGAAGGUGCUGGGCGGCUUCAAGGUCAAGAGUGGCGUGUCUCUGGGCACAGCCAUGGGAAUCUCAGCAUUUUCGAGCGGUGAGCGACGCGUCACAGAAAACAUUCGGGUCCUUCUUGGCGUUGAGUGCGGACUCAGCUCAGGUGUUCAAGUCAAGGUGCGCGUCACACGCUUAGGGCAGAAGCUUGUGUUCCCAAUUGUUCUCUCGCCUACAUUCCGCUCUGAUCUGGCGGCAGCGGCUACGCUUGUUCCUGCUGCUACGAUGGUUCUGUCACACUAUUUCUACUUCGUACCACGACAGAAGAAGGAGCGCAGCAAGCGCGUGAUGCAGGUGCGCAAGGAACAUGCUGCGGUGAUUGAGCAGCGGCACACGUCCGCUGAGCAGACACGGGAACUGCUUCGUCCCCAGGCCUUGAAGCGCGCCGAGGCUGAACUUGCUCGGCAGGGUCUCGUGAUUCUUCAGGCUUUCUACGGUCGCAUUGACGCUUUCCCGAAGAAACUGUCUGUCUCCCAAGAUGAUUUACGGAGCAAGCAGCACAUCAUGGAACUUGUGGUCGAUACGUCCACGGCAACAGAAGGCUCAUCUGAUCAGCCCUUGUGGUGGGAUGUCCGAGUACCCCUACAAAUGCUUGUGAUACAGAGCCAGCUGGUAAUUCCCUCAGGCACGACCAAGGCAAAGCUGAUUGGCUUCUUUGAUCCGUGCGUGGGCGAACAAAAGCAUCUCUAUGUCUGCUACUGGUUCCGAGGCGAGCUGCACGAGUUUAUGGCAGGCGACAAGGAUGCGGUGGCUGCUCCUUUACGAGGUAUGUAUCUGCGAGCCUGA